CAUCAACACGUGGGUACAUGUACAUCCAACUUCAAGAUGAUGAAAUGAGCUCAUAAUCGCCUAUAGGCUUCACAUAUUGUACUUUGAUCAAGUCGAUGAGUAAAAGAGGGAACAGAGUUGUAUGAACUUAAAGAUGAAUUCUUCUCAAGAUGUUCUUCGCUUAGUCCUCAAGGCAUCGUCUUUAGAUUACGGGAGUUUGAUUCCGAGUUUGCUGGAAACCUUGGUGAAGGAGGUGCAAGAAAUAAGAGCUGAUCUGGCAGUAGGAUCAUUGCUACCUGAUCUAUGCUGUAGCCUAGAAGCUUUCCAGCAAGUCUUCUUGUCUUAUACUUCCUGUGCUCGGGAAGAUUGUUCACAUUCACAGGGACAGAAAAGUAAAAUAACCAACUGUAACCAGGAGGAAUAUGUGUUGCAGUGUGUUAAAAAUGUAGUUCUCCCUCUUUUACAAAAGCUGCAUUUUUUACACAACUACAAGGAAGAUAAAGCUGUAAGCCUGCUGAUACCUUCAUGUGAUCUUUUGGCAACAUGUAUAAAGUUUGCUGAUCUCCCAACUAAGUUUCUGAUUUGGAAUUUCUGCCUGGAUUCUUUGUUAAGGCAUUCAUGCUCCGCAGAAAGUGGAAUCGACAACACUGCUGUUGGUAAUACUGCCAGUGUGAAGUCUGAAGGUGUUGUGGACUUACAUUCCUUGAUUGAGAUCAUGAGAUGUUUGUUACAAGAAUAUAAUAAACUGAAAAACCCUGCUGAUUUGCAUGUCAUUUUUCCAGAUGAUACUUGGAGUGAAAAAAUAUUUCAGGAAAUUAUCAAAUUGAUUGCAAAGAGGAAUGACAAAGUUGUGACAAAGGUCGUUUCACUUGUUGUUGUGAAGUUGCUAAGAUGUGACCCAGAAAAGUUGCCCCACAGGCUGGAGAUAUUGUGGAAAACAGUGUGUGAAGAUUUCCACAAAUCCAUGGCUCUGCCAUCCAGUGGUGUUGGUGGCAGCUCUUCUGUUAGUGAGAAACCAUAUAUUGUUCUCUGUGGCCUGGCUGAUUUCUACUUUCCAGUUGGCCAGUUUUGUGGAAAUCUCCAUAAACAUAUGAACCUUGUGAAUAACACAGAGUUUUGGACGAUAAUUCAAAGUGGUCUAGUUCAAAAGAACCCAGUGACUCGAAAACGAUCGCUUUACUUGCUGAAACGUAUCAUUGAUAUUUGUGAAAAUGAAAGUGAAACCAUAAUUCCUGCAGAAAACAGCUUAGAGAACAGCUCUGAGAACAGCUCUGACAAGGAACAUGUUGCAUGUGCCACAGCAAUCUCCAGUGGUACCGGUAGUGGUGUCAUGUUUAGGUGGGACCCCGAGUUAAAAAUACAGCUCUCCAAGGUCUGGGAAAACUUUAUUCUACUGAUUGAAACUUUAAAUGAAAAACAGCUUCAUGUUGUUCGACCGUUAUUCCCUCGUCUGAACCACUUGAUAGAUGCUUGUUCCAAAUCUGAUUCUUUGGGUUCACAGCUGUUACACAGCUCCUGGGUGGUCACUGUGGUGCGCCGGGCGCUUAUCCACGAGAGUGUCUACGUUGUCAUGUGGGGGGUCAAGGCUCUCUUAAGGUCGGAUCCUCAGAAGUUCCCACUCCUUCAUCAGGGUCAGGAUGAGUUCAUCUCAGGAGAAUUUCUGAUUGCAUUGAAAGAAACUCGUCUAUACUGCAGGGAACCAAAGGAACCCAUGGGAAGCCAGCCUGAGAUUGGACAUCUUGUGUGUGAAUUCCUUCUCAAAUGCUGGAAAACUCUGGAGUCCCACAAAAGAGCUGAGUUUUUCAGAGGGAUUUUAUUGAAGAUCAGGGGAGAUAACUGGGGUCAGUUUCCACUGGUCUACCUGUGGCAGGGUCUGGCGGGCUUGCCAGUCAGUAGCCUGUGGAACAAAGAGUCUGUCCUCGCUAUAAGAGAAAUCAUGUCAACCAGUCUGACAACAGUGGAACAGUUCAACAGAGGGGCUAUUCAGUGUUUUCUUGUUGAAUCUCUGGUAAAUUUGAUGGAUCUGGAACUUGUCACUCCUGCAGACUUUUCGGUUGUUUUAGCAGCAUGCUCUAAUGAGGAGAGUCUUCAAAGGGGAACAACUCUCUGGAAGACGGUGGCUUCAAGACUGAACCUGAUAGCUGUAGACAAUAAAAGCCCAGAAAAUUGGACUAAAGCAGGGCUUGAGGUCUGGAUUCAGACAUCUAUUAUCCAUUACUUGAAGGCUGAGGAGAAAUCAGCUUCAGGUUAUCAGCUUCAGUUGAGUCGCAUAUUACUGUUGUUUGUGGAUGGGUGUGGCCAUUGUGAAUCAGAAGUGACCGGUCAGAAUGCAGUAUUGCCUUUCUUGAACAGCUGCUUGUCACCUGUAACUGACGUCCUGUCAAGGCUUAUAAACCAUGCCUACCUGUCCAUUGAGAAAGGUGACAGAGCUGUUGAGUUGCUGAUGUCUCUUCUGGAAGGAGCUAUUUCUGAAUCUGUUAGCCCAGAUGAUCCUGUGGUCAAGCUUCUCUUGGUGACCACAGGUCAAUUCCUGGAGGAGAUUGUUCAUCAGAUCAUAAGAGGAAAAGAUCAGGUGACAUGUACAGAAAAUUUGUCCCCUGUUUAUUCAUAUCUCCACGUACUGAAGAUUCUAGGACAUAGGAUGUGUGUGAUCAUAUUGGUGGACACCGUGACAAAGCAGGAUCAGAUGUGUUUAGAGGCUGACCAAGAGUAUGCGAAAGAGUUGAUGAUUCAAGGAGAGGAGAGGAAGGGAGUAGCCAAUGUACUAGUCGCUCAGUUAUGUGAAGUCUUCUCAGGGGACAGAACUCUAGCUGCUGCAGCCGACUUCUGUAAUAUUGUGGCAGAGGCCUGCGUGUUCGGGAGUUUACCACAAAGGAUAGAUAAGACCUGGUUUGAAACCUGUGCGUACAUUGACAGUUUAGGAGAUAACUGCACAGUAAACACUCUUUUCCCAUAUUUAGGACAUCCUGAUGCCAUGGUGCGUGUUACUAUCAUCAACUUCUUGACAAAGUUACAGCCGACAUCUGAGGACCAUAGCUGUUUUGUGGCACAACUUAUCCAUGCACUUAUGCGUAAACACGAGGAUGUCAACAGGAUGAAGGCAGCGUGGAAUUUUGUGAACUCCCUGCAGCACCGUGUGAGACAUCGUGUUUCGCAGGCUCUGCUCUUACUGGAACCUUUUAUUCAGAUGAAGGAUUUAACAAACAUGGUCUGGGGGUAUAUCUGGUCAGUGUUAGCACAGGAGACUCAGCCUUCAGUGAGGAAUCUUCUGGAGUGGCUAGCACUGCGGCUACUGGUCAGGCACCAUCACCUGCAUCCCAGACUCUGGAGCCUCUUUGACAAUACACCUGUGACGGAGCAGCGACACCUGUCCAUCUGCUCUCUACUCUUUGUAGUGGCACACCUGGGGUGCCAUCUGCCUACUCACCUUCAGGAGAGUUUUUAUUCUAAAGCUAUAGUGGUUGUAUUCCCAUGGUGCACAGUUCACCAUUUUAACACCCGUAUCCAUGCUCAAGUCUGCCUAAAGAAACUAUGGCAUCAGUGUCAGGAGUUUGAGCUGCAACCUCUAAUAGAGAGAUUUCCCAUGAUUCAAGCCUGUCUCAACUUCAGCAAAGAUGAAAGCAAUUCAACAAAAAAUGCUGAAAAGCUCGAAGCCCAUUACAUUUUCUCCACAUUUGAUGUACAAGGCGAUUAUAGCAUUGAGACAAUCUAUGAAACAUUUCCAAGACUUGCUUGUUUGAGUGACGAGGAAUGGAUUUCACCCAGCUCAUUUUUAAGAUCCGAUAACACCUGGCAAGAGCAGACAUCUCAUUACCUCCCUUUGUUUAACUCCAAUGAUCGUCUGAAAAGCUUUACUCCUGGGCCUGGAGCAACAAACAGGUCUGUGGACUCUGUUGAACAGUCUUUCCAACUGUCGUCCAAACAAUGUUUACUGUAUAUGAGAGAUUUACAAUAUGCAGAUAUGUAUGAGAAUCACACAGAGGUUGAUGGUCAAGAUGGGGAUGUUCAGAAGAAAAUUCUCCCCUGGAGGUUUAUGAAACCAGAUGCUGAGGCUGAGGAACAACUGGAACUGAGAAGAGUAAAGGAGAGAGGACAAGGACUAAUACUGGUUACCUCCCUUAUUGAGAAGAUCCCCAAUCUGGGAGGUUUGUGUCGCACCAGUGAGAUUUUCGGAGUGUCCGAGUUUGUGAUAGGUAAUCUACAGAAUGUGAAUGACCGAGCCUUUCAGUCUCUGAGUGUCACAGCUCACAAAUGGUUACCAGUCACAGAGGUGAAGCUGUUCCAGCUGAAGGAUUAUCUACUGAGUAAGAGACGACAUGGCUAUACGCUUGUGGGGGUGGAACAGACUGCUAACAGCGUCAGUCUGACAGAUUACCAGUUCCCUCAGAAAACACUGCUCCUGCUUGGGAAUGAAAAAGAAGGCAUUCCAGCAAACUUGAUCCAGUUUUUGGACACUUGCGUUGAAAUUCCACAGCAAGGGGUGAUUAGGUCCCUCAACGUUCAUGUCAGUGGAGCAUUGUUUGUAUGGGAGUACACGCGUCAACAGCUCUCAAAAUCUGCUUCACAGCCAUGAUGGAAAACAAAUGUUGGGUGAAGCUGUCAUUGAUCUAUAUUUUCCUAGAUUACAAAACAAGCCAAAAAUUAUCAAUGUAUUCCAUUCCAAAGUGUUGUACAGUUAUAUUUCUGCAGUUGGUGCAUCUCUCAUGCCUGUUAAUGAAAUAAAUGAUGUGUGUUCAAAUCCGGAUACUGCUGGUGCAUGCAAUCUCUACAUGCAUUCACGCUUCCCAGCCAACAAACUCAGCCGGUGACUACAUGCAAGAAAUACAUUGGCGCACCACAUAAUGUACCAAGCACAUGUCUAACACAUUUCUACAAAGCUGAGUACAUUCAUUUUUAUAUGCAUGUAUGCUUGCAUCUAUAAUUUAUGCACUGUUUCUUGUGUAUGUCAUAAUUCUGAAAAUAUUUUGUGUUCUUUUGUUUUAUAUUCUGUAUUGAGCCACAUGAGUUUAUAAAAAGAUAUGAAAGGCUCAUCACAUACUGUACAACCCUGGAUAAUUCAUUUCUGUGAAAAGAGGGAAUGUCACAUGACUUGAACCCAUAUCACAGUGCAGAUGGGAUGUGCUGACAAAUAGCCAUUCGGAAGUGUAGAACAAGUUGUCUGUUGUAGUGAUACUCAACACAAAUCUUAUGCUGCGUAAAGUAAUGGUAACCGUAUUAAUGUAUGCCUUCAUGAUUUGCUCAACCUACAAACAUGGUACAAUAUCAAGGAUUUCAUGUGCAAAAAAAAAUUAUGUCUGGGAACUUUGAUUUACAUGUACAUGCCAUAUCGACACCUUUUCCAUUAAUAUGUACAUGCUUAUGUUACAC